GUGCUCUUGUGGAGUUGGAGUUGGAGGUGGAUUCCCUCCUCUUUGCUUAUGGUCUUGUUCGCGCGCGUCAGCCUCGUCGCGGCAUUCGAUCCCGAAACAUCGUUGCUCCCGACCAUGAGACAGUCGGGUGCCGGUCACGGGACGUCGCCUCCACCGUCACCUUCGACGUCCCCGCCGACUUUGUUGCCAUCGUCGUCGUCGUCGUUGUUAUUGUCGUCGUCGUCCUCGUCGUUCUCGUCGUCCUCGUCGUCCUCGUCGUCGUCGUCGUCGUUAUUGUCAUCGUCGUCAUCGUCGUCGUCGUCGUCAUCCUGGUCGUCAUCCUCCUUAUCGUGGCCUUCCUCGUCCUGCCACGAAAAGAACGAUUACGAGACAUUCGUCUUCGUUCUUAAAUCAUCGUAAUCGUAAAAUCAAAAGAUUUUAAGAAUCGUUCGUUCCUUAAUUUUCCAAUCCUUCCCCUCCUUCCUUCGCUACCAUCACCACCCUCUCUAUCUUACCCAUACAUCCAACCCUCGAGUAUUCCCUCUUCUAAUUUUUCUUCUUUUUCUUCCUUCUAUCUCUACUUUCUUUUUCUUUAUCUUCUUAUUCUAAUUUCUUCUAAACUUUUUUUAUCUCUUCUAUCUCCUCUUCCAUUUCUCCUUCUUCUUCUUUUUCUUUCUUCUCUUUCUUCUUCUUCUUCUUCUUCUUCUUCUACUUCUUAAUCUUAUUAUCCUCUUUUUAUCCCCUUUUAAAGAUCUUUUUAGAGCCUUCUUCCUCAACGAUUAUCUUCAAAGUGAGGAAACGAACGAACGCACGCACGCCGGGGGAAACAGGAUAGAGAUAAGAGAGGAAGAAGGAGAGAGAAAUAAAGACGAGUCGCAUCAGUACACAGGACAAUCUGGUUUCUUAAGAUCGUCGAUAACAGUGUUGGAAAGACUAAAGGAGGAAUCGUAAGAAAUUUUUUUUUUUUUUACGAUUUCACAAUCGUAUACAAGGUAUUCAGGACAAUCAUUAAUCUGAGAAUCAUCGAAAGAAAGAAAUCUUUAACGUCUACCUCGAUCAUGCUCAGCCCGAAGAUGCAAAGAACAGUGAGGGUAAACGACUCUCAGCUAGUGAUGCUCUCGGAGAGAGCCCAUUACGAUCAUUCGUUGAGCGGAUAUUUACACAAACGGACUGCUGAUUCUGCCAAGUGGCAAUUACGAUGGUUCGUCUUGUAUCAGAAUCUCCUAUUCUAUUACGAAAACGAGACUUGCUCACGACCAAGCGGUGUCGUUUUGCUAGAGGGCUGCUAUUGCGAUCGUCUUAUCACCGCUAAAGGCAAAGAACCGGAUAAACAACACUGCUUUGCGAUAUCAUACAGAAGGGAGAAUCAGCGACAAUACGAGUUGAAAGCUGCCACAGAAACGGACUGCAAAAUGUGGAUCGAUGCGAUACGAGAAGCCAGCUUCAACAAAUUGCUGUUGCAAAAGGAGGAGCUCGAGCAAAAGCAUCUGCACCUGUUGCAGAUCGUAGAAAGUGAGAAAACGGCUAAGUGGCAGUACACACAACAAUGCGAGGAGCUUGCAUCGGAAAUAAAAAAGCUCCGAGCGGAGUUAUGCGCUCUGAAAAAGGAACUCAGACCAUCCGUUACGCCAACGUUUACAAGUCGUCCUGGAACAGGAACGUCUCAAGGAACAGGAAGUUUGGUAAGCGCCAUGGGAUAUCAUGGUGCGUAUAUUGGAAUUCAUGGAACCCAAUCCUGUUCUGUUGGUUUACGUGGUAUCACCGAGGGUUCCAUCGAAAUGCAGAAAAUUAAAAAGGUCCAGAGUUUUUUCCGUGGUUGGCUUUGCCGUAGACGUUGGAAACAAAUCGUUGAACAAUACAUCAAGAGCCCGCAUGCAGAGAGUAUGCGCAAACGGAACAGUCUGGUGUUUCAAAUGGUUGAGGCAGAGGAGGAAUACACGGAACAAAUGGAGAUAUUGGUUAGCUGUUUCCUGAGGCCUUUCAAAAUGGCUGCCAGUUCGAAGAAACCCCCAUGUAGUCACGAAGACGUGAAUAGUAUAUUUUUGAAUAGCGAAACAGUACUGUUCCUUCAUCAGAUCUUCCUGAAGGGUCUCACUUCUCGCAUGGAGAGCUGGCCCACUUUAGUUUUAGGUGACUUGUUUGACAUACUACUACCAAUGUUGUCAAUUUAUCAAGAAUACGUGCGCAACCACCAUUACAGUCUUCAAGUGUUGACCGAGUGCAAGCAAUCAUCGACCCCCUUUGUUGCGUUGCUCAAUAGAUUGGAGAACAAGACUGCCUGUCAAGGACGAUCUCUGGAAACGUUUCUAACAUAUCCAAUGCAUCAGAUUCCCAGAUAUAUAAUCACUUUGCACGAGCUUCUUGCGCAUACACCGCACGAUCAUGUUGAACGAAAGAGCUUGCAGAAUGCUAGGCAACAGCUGGAGGAUCUGUCACGGCAAAUGCAUGACGAGGUGAGCGAGACGGAAAAUUUGAGAAAAAAUUUGGCAGUCGAGAGAAUGAUCGUCGAGGGUUGUGACAUACUUUUGGACGUUAAUCAAGUAUUUGUUAGGCAAGGUUCGCUCGUACAGAUCCUAGAUAAACCACGAGGAGCACGUAGCAGAUUGAGUGCAACAUUUGGUAGUAAAAGUUCGACCGAUAAGGAAGCUGUCAGACAGUGUUUCCUAUUUUCUAAUCAUUUGUUGCUUACUACGAGACAAUCAGACGACGAUGGCCGUUUGAAUUUGAUACCUCAGAUCGGCAAGAUACCAUUAUCGGAUGCUGUCCUAAUAGAGGAUCCCUCUGAUCAAGGUGUUACGGACGAUGACGAAAUUUCAGUAUGCUCGAUGUCCAGUGGUAUCAGUGAAAGCAGCGGAAGUGCUACUGGAAAUACAAGUUCGCAGCUACAAAAUCGUGACUUCAAAAUCGUACUCGACGUGAAGUCUGGCGGUCCACAGGUUACCGUGCAUCUCGUAGCACCAACUAUGCAGGAGAAGGCAGCGUGGAUAAGUGAUAUAAGUCAAUGCAUGGACAACGUACACUUCAACGAUCUACUACACGGCUCGUUGUCGGACACCAGUUCCGUCACGAUGCCGCAAUCGAUUAGGAACGAUCCUAAGUUAUUCAAGGACGACGUUGACAUUAGGUUCAGUCGUACAUUGAACUCCUGUAAAAUUCCACAAAUUCGCUCGGCCACUCCUGAACGUCUACUUCAAAGACUUACCGACUUACGAUUUCUUAGUAUCGAUUUCCUCAAUACCUUUUUGUUGACCUAUCGGGUAUUCACCGAUGGUGUUACGGUGUUGGAAGCAUUAAAGAAGGUCUUUUACGAGACUGAACCACCCGAUGCUCAAAUGCCUAGCGGUUCUUUGGCAUCGUUAGACGUUUUGGGAAGCAACACGGGCGAAGGUCAAACUCACGCUGAGGAACGAAGACGAAGCAGCGUUUCUCCUAGAAGACCGAGCGGUGCCAGUUCUGUUUCAGGAUACGAAUCAGAAAUUAGUGACCGAGAUGCUAAGGGACAUUACAUGUACGAGUUUAAUACUGGAGCACACAUGUUAAAUUCGAAGACUCAUUGGCGUUACAAAAAAUUGGAAGAGGAGCAACAGCUAGGAUUGAUAACGGAGGCUCCAUCGAUCAUGAAACGUAGUCCUACAUUGCAAUCGUCGAAUCCGUCCGUGGCUUCUCAAUCUCCGGCAACCUUACGAAAAAUCAGCAUCCGCGUGGACAAUGAUACAGAAAGUGAUGGAUGCCAUCUCACGAUUCCAAAAGUUAUAGCCGUAUCAUCGAGUUCAGAAACGCUUACGGAUGCGACCGUGAUAAGCGCACCUUCGUCUCCGAGCAAUCUAAGUUCGGUUACGCUAAUUGGAUCAACGGGAUCUGGAUCUGGAUCUGAUCCUAGUCCUCAAGAAGGAGGCACGAUUUCCAGAGGUAUUUCAGAGGAAACUGAUACACCUGUAGCUACAGGGACAGCUUCAAAGGAUGAAGUACAAUUUACGUAUGCUGAUCCACCGCUGGUGUCGGAUAAGUCAACGGAUUCUUCGGAAAGCACAGAAAAAACACCUACAACACCUGCUACACCAUCAACACCUCGAAUAAAAGAUCACGAGGUUGAGAAAGAAAGAAAAGAAUGGACUGACAAUGAAAAGGCACCUUCGUCGAUUAGUCAGACUCAACAUACCUCUAGUCCAACUCAGUAUCAACAUCAACAUCAGCAACAACAACAACAACAACAACAACAACAACAACAACAACAUCAACAACAACAACAACAUCAGCAUCAACACCAACAUCAGCAUCAGCAUCAACAUCAACAUCAUCAGACGGAACAUAGAGCGUCUGUAGCUUCAGCACCAGUUACUGGAAUAAGAAGUGGCUCGAUUUCGACCGUAGCAGGAAAUUAUUGGGCCAGUAGACGAUCGAUACAAGAGUCCGAGUUAAGUUCGUCGCAAGGAAACUUUCAGCAUGAUCAACAGGUAUCCAGUAAAGCCGGUGUGGUAGUGACCAGUUUUCGACAAAGUCAACGAAGCAUCGGACCCCAACCUAUUUGGAGCAGUACAUCAACCGCAGCAGCUGCCUUCGCUAUAGCAACUUCAGCCUCGAGUAAUCCACCUGACAAAGCACCUGGUAGAUGCAGCGUUAGCGAUGGAAACAAUCGAAGUGGUUCGUGUCGCGAUAAAAAUAGAAGAAAGGAAUCGGUUAUGUCAACGGCGGCGACAAUGCGUGUACUAAACGUUCUACGACAUUGGGUUUCGAAACACGCACAAGAUUUUGAAUUGGAUCAGAAAUUGAAAAACUUGACCAUCGAAUUCCUCGAGGAUAUCAUAUAUAGUCCUAAUCUUUUGCCGGCCGAACACAAAGCUGCUAGUCAAUUGCUACGAUUGAUCACCAAAGAGGAACCCGAAAGUAACAAAGUCGAUCUCAAGAAACUAUUGACUCCACCCACGGUGGCAAGUAAGGAAAGUAUCGAGACUUUAUCAGCUUUGGAAAUCGCCGAGCAAAUGACGUAUCUGGAUCAUCAGAUAUUCGUAUCGAUCGCUAGCGAAGAAUUUCUUGGGCAAGCCUGGAUGAAGACGGACAAAGCAACACGUGCACCGCAUAUUCUAUUAAUGACGAAAAGAUUCAAUGAAGUCUCACAAUUAGUGGUUUCUGAGAUCAUUCGUCGAACAAAUAUGUCGGGUAGAGUAGCAGCGAUCGAAAAGUGGGCAGCAGUUGCAGAUAUCAGCAGAGUAUUACACAAUUAUAACGGAGUAUUACAGAUUUGUGCUGCAUUUACCAAUACCAGUGUUUAUAGGCUGAAAAAAACCUGGGAGAAGGUUUCGAAAACGACUAAACAAACGAUAGAAAAACUUCAAAAUAUCGUUUCCUCCGAUGGACGAUUUAGAAAUUUGAGAGACGCUUUACACCGAUGCGAUCCACCUUGUAUCCCAUAUCUAGGACUAUAUCUUACCGAUCUUUCCUUCAUCGAGGAAGGUACACCGAAUUUCACUGAGGAAGGUUUAUUAAACUUUUCCAAAAUGCGAAUGAUAGCUCACGUGAUCCGUGAGAUCAGACAUUUUCAACAAACACCAUAUAAGAUCGAGCUGAUAACAAAGGUUACGAAUUAUUUAUUGGAUACAUCGCUGCUAUUAAACGAAAAGGAUCUAUAUCGUAUGUCCUUGGAAAUUGAGCCUCGUACAUCGAGACUAAGUAGUACGACCUUGAUCAAUUUGCCGCCAUCCGUAAGUCAUGCUUCAAUGAAGUGAAAAGGCCGAUCUGAAGAGGAUAUGCAAAAGAAAUUAUUGAACGUUUCUAUCGAUACGUAAAAGAAAUUUUAUAUACAUAUACAUAUAUAUAUAUAUGUAUAUGUAUAUAUAUAUAUAUUUAAUUCUAAGAUCAUCUGUGACUACUCGUAAGAUUACAAGCGAGCAGUCCGUUACUUUCGGAGUCUAAAACUCUUGAUAUAAUAAUUAUUAUUCUUAUUAUCGUCAUAAUAAUUAAUACGAUUAUUAAUUUGAGUAUCUCCAACAAUUUAACGCAUCUUUCUAUUGAAGGAGACGAAAAAAAAAAGACGAAAAAGAAAAAAGAAGAAAAAGAAAAAAAGCGUGUAUCUAACGCGAGCCAACGUUUUCUACUAAAUGUAUUUAAAAGAAGCAACAAAGGAUUGAGUAGUAUUUACGCUAUUAUUCUAAAGAAAAAAAAUAUAAAAAAAGAAAAAGACAAAAAAAAAGGAUUAAUCAUCGAUAAUUAACAAAGGUACUGUUUUACUUUUUUGCAAGAAAAUUGUUCCUUUUCUUUCCUUUUUCUGUCUUCGUUUCUUUUUUCUUUUUUUCUCUUUUUUUUUUUUCUUUCACGCGAGUUUACGCGAGUCUGUCGGUCUUCGUUAAAAAGAAAACAAAAAGAAUAACAUAAAAUGCAAAAAAAAAAAAAUGGAAACAGUAAAACAGAAUGAAUUGCAUUAUUUUACUAGUGACAACAACAAAAACAUAAUAUCGUGUUCCGAAUUAUUAAAAGAAAGAAAAAAAAAAAAAAGAAGAAGAAAAGCCAAAUCUUCGCGUUUAACCCCGUCCAUUAAUACGACCAUUUUGACUUAUAUUCUGGAUCAAUUUUGCAAACGUCCAAUUUAAUUUCAGCAACGUUGGAUCGCGAAUACUCGGAUCUUUCAGCUUAUUCUAAAGAAA